AUGUCUCUGAAACGGGCGGUGCCACUUUUAAGGGCAUUGAGAUUGACGGCAAACUCGGCGAAUAGGAGCAUUGAAAAUGUGAAAUAUUUUAGCAAUGUAUGUCCAGUCCGAUUGGCUUCCACCGCUUCGCCAACGAAUAUUCAAGAAGUCCAGAACGCCAAAAGCGAGUUGCCGCCGACCGAAAUUCUUCUCAAAGUUGACUGGCUUCUACAGAAUUUGACGCCUCUCGUCCUGAAAUCCAAUGUGCGCAACUUCAUCGACAUUUGCCAUGACGAUGUCGUCUUCGAGGAUCGCAUUUUCAAAUACAAUUUGACCGGACGCCAAGCAUUGAUGUCACACAUCGCCAAAAUUCGAUUGUACUAUCGAUAUCUGUCGCCAUUCAACAAAACUGAGUGGAUCGGAUCAUGCGUGUAUGAGAACGAGGACGCUGUUGUGGUCUUGUGGCGAUUAUCGACGCUCGAUUCAAAUUUUCUGGCCUACUUCCCAUCGUUCAUCACGAAACGAGAGCAGAAGAUAAUAACGAAAGAAGGAGCUUUGGAUGUUCAUGUUGAUAAGGAAGGAAGAGUCCGCAGGAUAGUUAAUAGAAUGAUUACCGCUUCGGAUCGUGAAGGAGCCAAAUCUCUUGCGAAACUCAAAGCGGAGCAAGAGGAGGCGAGAAUUAAAGCCGAGGAGAAGGAGAUGAGGCGAGAGUUUGACCGACAGUAUCAUAGUUAG